AUGGCGGAGAGGGGAGUUUACGGAGAUUUAGAAGACAACCCAUUUUCUUUCAAAACUUUUGUUGGUGUCAAAGAAAAAAAAGUUUCCAAGAAUUCAAGUGAUUUGACCUUUUUAGAUACCGAUGAUAUAUUUGGGGUAAACGAUAAAAAAAAUGAAAAACUUACUACAGAUAAAAUAGAUAUAGGAGUAAAUAUCGAAACAAUAGGUGUAAAUAAUGACUUUCUUGAUGAAAUAAAUCAAGCUGUGAAUGAAGCAAUCCCGUCUUCAGUAUCACUCGCAUCGAGAACAAAUGUGACAAGCUCAGGUAGGAUUUUUGGUUUCUUAGGCUGAUUCCUUAUUAAUUAGCAAUGUCCUCCAUUAGUCUACAUGAAUAGUAUAGGCACUUUGACAUAAAUUGAUAAAUUAAAAAUUUCCAUAAAUUUUAAAAUGUUGUUGAACUUGUUAUUGUCUGAUCACUGAUUGCCAUAAAAGAUACUUACUAACAAAUACAUCAUUUUUAAAGGGCUAGCUAUAAGCAUGGACUUUAAUUUUUGCUUGGGCACAUCCAAAAAUCAGCUUUUGUGAUUUUGCUGUGGGUGAACUCCACUUUUUGAUUUACUUGGGGUAUUGUUUUUGCAGAUUAUAGGCCAACAUGCACAUUCUAUUUGCCCCCAGAAAUCAAAGCAGACAUCUUUCUUUUUCAGUUAACAAUUUUCUGUUAGAAAUAUUUUGGGUAAUUGUACACUUGAGGUUUCCCCUGUUCUACCAUGUUUUUUUAAAUACAUUUUUUCACACUGAUAAAACGUUAACAAUUUUUAAAAAUCAUGUAAAUUUAAUUAAUUAAGUUUUCCGCAAAAAAACCUUGAAAUUUAAAAUUUAAAACUCUGUCUAACCUGAAUGCCAAGCCAGUAUCCCUAACACGAGCGUUAAAUCAUGUAAAUUCGACCCUGAAUUUAGUCCCCCCUUAUUUGAGCGUUAAGCUUCAGUCCUAAAAUUGAUGACCUAAUGUGAAACCUAAAACCAUUUGUGCUACAGUAACACAAUACUAAGAAUAUUGUGCAUUUGAGUAAAAAAUAUUAAAAUUAUUUUUAAAAUAUUCAUAAUGAGGAAACCCAUUUUACAUUUUCAUGGAAUACACCAAAACAUUUUAUAAAUCCAAAAGAUGACAGAAAAGUCAAAAUAAAUUUCACAAACAUUAUCAGACGAUAACCCAGUCAAAAUGGCAGUCAAAUCAAUCACCAAGUUUUAAAAUGUUAUAAUUAACCACCCAAUGAAAUCUUAUUUUAAAAAAGACAUGACAUAAGUGAAAAACAUGCCAUUGGCUUAUUAAUAAAAAUAAAGAGAGUAGUUAGCUCCAGUAACAAUCUGGGACUAAACAAAUGGGAGGUCAUUCAUCAGAAUCUUAGGAGCGAAACAUCACUUGUACAUUGUCCAUAUUUUGAUGUGUUAACUUUUGAAAAUAAAUGAAUGCCACCUUUAUUUUUGUUUGGGAAAUAUCCUAUUUCUAAAGAAAUACUCUUUUUAUAUGACUGCAUACAUUACAACAUAUCCAAAAAUCAUGAUGUUUAGGACCAGAGCAUUGGUGAGAAAAUGUGUUCAAAUUUUUUUUCAUGCUUGUCCCAAAAUUACCUGUUAUCAAUAACUUACUUUUUGGUUGUAAAUAACUCAAUUUACACUAGAAAUCCACAUAUUACCUUAAAUUAACUCAUUUUAGAAGAAAAUCUGCUUCAUAAACUUUGUCUAAGCCAUCUACGUCCAAACAUACAGCAUUGGCAGUGGAAGGAAUUCGAUUGAGUUCUCUCUUGUACCUGUGAAGGCCUAGAAAUAACAUCCAAUCAUAAUCAUAAAUCUAUAUCUAGUUUCUUUUUGCUAUUAUUUAAUUGUGUUUGUUUAAGGAACAAUUAUUUUAGUAUAAAUAUUAAAUAUGUGUCUUUGUUUGUGUAAACUGUUUUCCUAUGUCUUAAUAAAAAUAGAAUUACUAUAAUGAUUUUGAGCUUUAUAGCUUCAAGUAUGGUCAAACAUUCAUCUCAUUGGGUAAAUUGUAUGAGCAUCAUCGUUAAAACAUUUACAUAAUCGAUGGCAAAAUUAAUUCACUAUUAGAAUACUGUGACAUGUAAUGCAAAAAACUGAGGUCACGGCAGAGCUGAAAUUUAAAUGGCUACAAAAGAUUUUGUCAGUUUUAAACAUUUUUUAUCAAUUCAUUCAUGUUUCUGAUCUCUUGGAAUAAUCACGCCAUUCUUUUGAUCUAGGAGUAGACUAUCCAUGCUUUUGAAGUCAAACAGCAGUCCCAUGUUUUUGAUUUCUAGCUGUCUGGCCAUGUUUUUGUCAGAUAUUAUGAGUUCUACUAAAGUACCUUACAGAUUCUCUAAUUAAUCAUUUGAAAUGUUUAUAGCUGAUUAUUGCUGUUUUAGUUUUCGUAAAAUCGAUUUAAGGUAGGAUUAAGUCAUUCAAAUAUUUUAGAUGUAUUUUAUUAAUUCGUCUGCUUUAAAACAGGGACAUUUAUUUAAAUAUUUUGUAUUCUUUCAAGAAAUAUAUGAUCAAAUUAUUCUUUAAUCAUUCAUUUUAAUAUUGCAGUGUUUUAAAAAAAUAUUUUUACCUAAUGAGUCCAUAAAAACAUAAACAGCAAAAAACAAAUUUCAGCCUCAGCACCAUUAUUUAAGUUUUACAAUAUAUAACCUGUUUUCGUUAGGAGCAGAAUCUAAUAUAAGCUUGAUGAUUUUUAUGAAAGAUUAGAUUGAUUAUUUUAUUUAGAAAUAGAAUCCCAAUUAGUGUAAACGCCCCCCACCCCCCUCCCCCUUUCUCUACGCAAUCCCACACUUUUUAAAAAUUAUAUUAUUAUUCUAAAUUCCCAUCCCAUAUUCCACCCAAGAUUAAUUUGAUAAUAUUUACAGUGAGAAAAUUUAUGACACACCAAACACUCUGGCUGUAUUUUUAAGCAUCUCAAUUAACCGCAUUUAUCAGGAAUUUUAUUUUGCCCGCUUUUGAACUCACCAUUACACCAUACAUGCCUAGCACUAUUGAACUCAACAAUACACCAUACAUGCCUUGUACUAUUGAACUCACCAUUUGACCAUACAUGGCUAGAGCUAUUGAACUCACCAUUUCACUAUACUUGCCUAUAGCUUUUGAACUCAACAUUACACCAUUCAGGCUUAGAGAUUUAAAGUGAUUGAUACCAUUUAAUUUUUUUUCAGGUAAGAAGGCUCAGCCGAAAGACAACCCAUUUUCUUUCAAGAAGUUUUUAUCUUCAUCAUCUAACCCCAGCAAAGCCAAAAAGGGAAAUGCUGAGCCAUCUCCCCAAGCUUUUGAAAUCUCCAAUGGUUCUGCAUUAUCUGACCAGCGAAGUCAUCAUAUGCACAUUUCAACACAAAGCAAACCCAGCGUCACAUUACAAAAAACCAAUGAUGAAUCUUCUGAGGAGACUGUCCAGCCAAUUGCUGACGAUGCCCUCGCUUCAGACGUGGCUCGUGACUUGGCUGCUGGCUCGAUAGACCUGAACCAUUUUGCGAGUGAGCCAUUCAGCUCCAGCGCUAGUAAUCGGUUAGAACAGUUGUCGCGUUCAGAUAAUGACAAUGAAUGCGAUGUUACAGUUGGGGCUCACAAAAGGAAGCAGAGUUUGCCCUUGGCAUUGCCAGAUUUUUUAGCAGAUGGGGCCGCUCUUCAAGUCUAUCAAUCGCCCUUUGACCUGCCAGGAAAGGUUAAAGUAGAGGAAAACUAUGACGAUUUGUUGGAGAAAAUCACAAAAGUAAUUACAUAAAAAUAAUUGAUAACAUAAACAAAUUUAAUGUAAAAUUUAACAUUAUGCAUUACAUUUUAGGCUCCUUAUAUUAUUUAUAUCAAUGAUAUGAUUUAGGUAUGUGAUUAAAUGUUGCUGUUAAUGGAAAUGAGGCAUAAAUGAGUUGUGGCAGCCCAUGUCAAUGAAUCUAUCAUGCAGCCUGUGAGGGGACCGUUCCUAGACAACCGUUUCAUCACAGCGUGACUUAAUCAUAAAGUAGAAACCACAUCAAGAAAUGCCUACUAGAGGGUGUCUGACGCCACCCUGGGGUGGGAAGGGCUGUUUUUAGGGACGUUAAAAUAUAUCCAUCCCAGCCCUAGAAAGUCGGACUGCGUGUGUUCCUUCCAGCUGACCAGCUGACCUUAUAUUCCUUCGUUGAUCCUGCCCCACUCAUAUAGUCAGUUGAGUGGAAGAUGGGUGAGGCUGUCUCAGCGGCAGAGUGCCUCCGGCGUGCUGCUUUGUGGCCCAUCUAGUAAGUUCUAUUUGGGUGAAGGGAUGAGGGGGUAUGUGGAGGAAGACCACAUUAGCUCUAGCUGGACAGUCUGCUGUUUUUGCUGUUUUUCUGAAGAUGUCUAAUUCUAUGUCAAAGAAAUGUAUGGUAGGGCAGUGAUUAGAAUAUUUUAUGGUAAAAAAAAGGAUAACAAAAAUUAAUUGUAGAAGCAUUGCUGCAGUGCUCGCUAAAAUACUCAAACCCAAGAAUAGUAUUUUAUGUAAGCUUUUAAGGAAAGUUGAAAUGCCAGGAAAACUGAUAAUACUGCGUCCUCAUCAACUCAAUAAUUUUACUAGAUUAUAUUUGUGUGAAUGGCUUGGCAUGGUGAAAUGCUUGGCGCGGUAAAUGGCUUGGCACAGAAAAUAAUCUUUUGAAUUGCUUAUUGUUAUUAGAAGGAUUUGAAUCAAAAGUGGGAGAACUUAUUUGUAAUAAUUGUAUUUUUUUGUUAACAGCUGCAAGAAGAAAACAGCAGGUUGAAAGUGGAGCUCAAUAGAGAAAGACAACUCUGUAGUGAUAAAAAUCAAAGGUAAUUUUCCUCUUGUGAUCUGCUGAACAAAUCCAAGGACCAAUUGACAAUAUUUGCUGUAAUUUUUCUCUACUUUCUGCUGAACAAAUCCAGAAACCAAUUGAUAAAAUAUGCUGUAAUUUUUCUCUAGCUAUCUGUUGAAGAAAUCCAAGGACCAAUUAAUAAAAUAUGCUGCUGCUUAGAGAAUUAAAUAUUCCGGAAUCAUUUGAUGUUUUACAGUAAAGCAGAGCAAGAUAAAAACAACAGUUUUUCUGAAGUGUCAACCAUCCCAUAUAAUAACCAAGUUUACAGGGUGGGGAUGGUAGCUACAGUCAACCAUCCCAUAUAAUAACCAAGUUUACAGGGUGGGGAUGGUAGCUACAGUCAACCAUCCCAUAUAAUAACCAAGUUUACAGGGUGGGGAUGGUAGCUACAGUCAACCAUCCCAUAUAAUAACCAAGUUUACAGGGUGGGGAUGGUAGCUACAGUCAACCAUCCCAUAUAAUAACCAAGUUUACAGGGUGGGGAUGGUAGCUACAGUCAACCAUCCCAUAUAAUAACCAAGUUUACAGGGUGGGGAUGGUAGCUACAGUCAACCAUCCCAUAUAAUAACCAAGUUUACAGGGUGGGGAUGGUAGCUGCAGUCAACCAUCCCAUAUAAUAACCAAGUUUACAGGGUGGGGAUGGUAGCUACAGUCAACCAUCCCAUAUAAUAACCAAGUUUACAGGGUGGGGAUGGUUGUAGCCUUAGUCUUCAUGUGGUAUUGUGUUUGGUGAUGUGACAUCAUACAUUAUUUGGUUUCCGUGUGUGUGGUAUGACCAUUCAGAUCAAGUCUUUGUUGGGAUGAAUUGUUUUCUCCAUCUCCUUUUAUCUUUAAUUAUUGAUCAAAUGUUAUGAAAAUAAUGAAAAAAUAAAAAAAUACAAUUUGCUAAGGUUGUAAAAUGUUUUUGUUCGAUCCAUUUGUUUCAUUUUAACGGUUCAGUUCAAGAUUUUAUAAAAUCCUUAACUCUUUUAUUACAGAAGCAAAAUGACAAACGGUUGGUUUAAGAAAUCGCUGAUUGAUUGUUAGAACAUUCAAAUUGAGUCCCUGUCAUUUGAGCUUUGCGUCUUGGGCUACAGAACAAAUGCCUUGAUUUUGGUGAAUAAGAAAUAUAUAGUGUUAAAUGCAAUGACCUGCCGCAUGCUGUUGCCUUAUUUCAUUUUAAUUAACUUUCUAUAACAAUUUUAUUGUUAUAGUUUCAUUUGCACAUUUCAGACUUUUGCAGUUAAACAUUGAUUUGGAGCGUCAGAAAAAGAAAGAACUGGAAGAGACUGCAGUUUUAGAGAGAGCUGUUCAGCAGGUGGAGGAAACUUUGGUGACGACAACGGUAAAUCUAGUCAUCGUAUAAGUCCCAGGCUAUGAAAAUCACAAACUAUGUGUAUUCUUUUGCCUUCCUCUCUUUCUUUUUCCCUGUGGAUUCCAUUUUAAGGUUUGUCGGGUGAUGUUAUUAGGGGUUUUUCGGAGAGUAUGCCCUAUCCACCUCCAUCUUUUCUUUAAGAUUUCUUCAUUGAUGAGCACCUGGUGAGUCCUUUCUAGUAGAUCUUUGUUGGUAAUGGUGUUAGGCCAUUUGAUGUUCAGGAUCUUUCUAAGGCAUGUGUUUUUGAAGGUCUUUACUUUCUGCGUAAUGCUCGCCAUUGUUUUCCAACUUUCUGCAUUUCCUGCAUUGGUUGACUGAGUUUACCUCCAUGAUCUUAAUCUUGCUUUUUAUUUAUAUGGAGUCCCAGCUGUGCUGAAAUAGUGGCUACAUCCUUUGUCUUUUCCUGCACUUGUUGCUGGUUGUGGAGCUUUGCUGAAAUAAUGGCUACAUCUUUUGUCUUUUCCUGUACUUUUCCUGCUGGUCGUGGGACAGAAAAGCAAUGUUUAACUUUGAAUCAGUGCAAAAACACUUAGUAUGGCUUUGAAGAACUUUACAGUUGCAUAUGGAUCAUUUUUUAAAAUUGUUUUACUCUUUUAACUGUUUAAAUAUAUUUGUGGCAUUUUGAAAGUAGAAUAAAUGAAAUGUUGAAUGUAACUGUAACCUGAUUGCAGUCCCCCCCCCCCCUUUUUUAUAAACAAUGUAACUGUAACAAUUUUGUAAAUAGUCUUGAUCAAUGCUCAAAGGGAAAUAAUCUGAUUUUUGUCCACUGUAAACCCGAAAUCUGGUUUUGAUCAAUUUUGAAUGACUAAAGGUUAUUUCCCCUUUUUAGCCAUCGUAACUAAUAAAUAUCUAAUGGUGUGUAACAUAAAGGAUGAUAUACCUCGACAUGCAUUUUCAGGUUUAUAGUUCAUGAAAUAUCCGAUGAUAUCAUCUCAACUGCCAUUAAAUAUUUCUUCUUGAGAUUUUCUAAGGCUUCCAUAUAAUGAAACUAAAAUUCAUCACUAACAAAAUGAGGACUAACCCGUUUUGUCAUAAGUAGGCCUACAAUUUCAAUUCUUUACAGUAAGCCCGGCACAUGGUUAAUCUGGCAUAUGGUUAACCUGAGCUUAGCUGUAGAGAAUUUUUCCCGUGUUGCCCUUAAACGAUUGCAGAGUCUGGCGAAGCGCAUCUACCCAGAGUCCCAGUCUGGCUAACUGCAUCUACCCAGAGUCCCAGUCUGGCUUUGGGAGUGGGCGCUCAACAAUAGACAUGAUAUUCUCGUUACGCCAAAGGCAGGAGAAAUAUCGUGAACAGCAUAUGCCUCUUUAUAUUUAUUUCAUAGAUCUGACAAAAGCAUUUGACUUGUUAAGUCGGAGAGGCCUGUUCAGUAUCUUGCAAAGAAUUGGUGAUCCCCCACGACUGCUCACAAACAUACAAUCAUUUCACAAAAACAUCCACGACUGCUCACAAUCAUACAAUCAUUUCACAAAAACAUGCACAGCACACUAACCUUCAGUGGCGCUGUCUCUGAGGCAUUCCCAGUCAGCAGCGGAGUGAAACAGGGUUGUGUACUGGCACUUCUCCAUUUUCUUCUCGAUGCUCCUUUACUUUGCCUUCAGGGACUUUGAAGAUGGAGUGUAUGUCCAUAGCAGAUCUGAUGGUAGAUUGUUCAAUAUCGCCCUCCUUCAUGCAUAGAUCAAGGUAAAAAAGGUGCUGAUUCGUGAACUGCUGUUCGCUGACGAUGCCGCCUUAACAUCUCACACAGAAGAAGGUCUUCAGGGGCUGGUUAAUUGUAUUAUCUCUUGCUUGUAAAGAGUUUGUGCUGACAAAUAGUCUACAAUAAACACAUGUCAUGAUGCAAGAAGCAUCGUCCACUCCAAUCAUAUCUAUUGAGGGCCAUAAUCUGUCGGUUGUUGAUCAUUUCACAUACCUUGGAACCAAUAUUCCUAGUUAUCUCUCUUUUGAUGAAGAGAUAAACAUCAGGAUCGCAAAAGGAGCAGCAACUAUGACUAAACUGAAUAAGCGGGUGUGGAAUAAUCUCAAUCUAACUUAUAAAACAAAACUGUCUAUCAGGAAUGUGUGCUUAAUACGGUCCUAUAUGGAAGUGAAGUGUAGAACACAUGUACCAGUCUUGAUUUGAAAACUCAACAGCUUCCAUCAAAGAUGUCUGCAUUGCAUUUUACACAUUCAAUGGCAGGACAAGGUACCUAACACAGAGGUCUUGGGAUGUGCAAAAAUAUUUAGCAUAUUCUCGAUGGUUAGUCCAUGUAAGAAGACUGGAGGAAGGCUGUAUCCCAAAGAUGCUGCUGUAUGGAGAGUUGGCAUAAAGGACAAGACUUAUUGGACGGCCACGCCUGAGAUUUAUGGAUGUUUGCAAAGGAGCAUUUGGACAACCAACAUUGAAAUCAACAAAUGGGAGAUCAUUUCCAAACAACGUUCCAGCUGGCUAGCAGCAGCGUAUGAAGGAGUCAAAAAGUCAGAAGAUGCACAACAUGAAGCCCUUGUAACAAAAAGGACCAAACACCACGGAAGGUCAAAUCUAACCAGGAAUCAGUAUUCUCCUGCGAGAAAUGCUGUCGAGAUUGUCAUACCAGGAUUGGCCUAGUUAGCCAAAGGUCAAAGUGUUGACCUACAUAGCUACUCCAUUGUCUCGCAAAGACGGAAGGAUGCCAUAUAUAUUUCAUUACAAUUAGGUUUAUAUUUGGUUACUAUUAGGGCUAUAUUUGAUUUUAAUUAUUUUUUUACGCUACUCAAUGGUUUAAUUAGUUAAUUUAUUAUUUCAUUAUAUCUGAAUCUACUCAGAUUGCUUCUAACAUUUCAAAGAUAAUGACAUUGACAUACAUAGCAAUGAAACGUAGAGUAAAAGUUGUUGUAAUUGAACACAUUAACAGAUUUUUAACAUAAAAAGACAUAUAAAAUGAACAGCUAUUUCCAUGGCACAUUUGUUUACAGAAAAGGGCUGUUCAAGCUGAAGUUCAUGUGUCCAUGCUCAAGAAGGAAGUCAAAUUAUUAC